UGCUCCUCCUGCUCUCACCUCCCAGUGCUGGGAUCACAGCCGUUCGACGCCACACCCAGUUUGGCCCGUGCUCCUUCAGCAUUCAUAAGGACAGUCAUGCAUUCUUCUUGGAAGGCAAAGAUUUCUCCCAAACACAGCCCAGACUCUUACUCAUUUCCCAGAAGGGGAAAAGGAAAUCCUAACAAGGGCCAAAGUAGGACCCAAAAGUCCCCUGAGUUCCCGCUGUCUAGGGGAGUAGUUUCCAAUGGUGACCAGCAGCAGGUCCUCUGAGAGCAUCUGCACCGACCUGGCAAAUUAGGCUUCCUCUCCUGGGAAGAGGACCAGGCCAAUGCCUCCUCACCCCACACCCCUUUCUAGGUCCUGCCCCUCCCGGGGCUCACGGGCAGCCACCUUGCAGUUCCCAUCUAUGCAAAGGAGAAACCAGACCCACAACAAGGCUGGGGCCGCCCUGGGACCCAAGAGCCAAGCCAGGUCUCCCCUCCUGUCACCUGCCCUCCCGCCACACUGUCCUACUUUCCCCACUUCCCUAGGGCCCGUUAGGGACAGAAGGCCCGCCCUCGUCCCCCCAAGGUUCCUCUGCUCCCUCCUCCCCAUCACUAGGGUGUCCAGGACAUUGUGUGACUCAGGAAGCAGCUCAGACCUGAGGCUUGUAGCAGGCCGAGCAGGAGGAGGAAGGGGCAGCGGGAGCAGCGGAGCUGGCCCUGCCUCAGGGAGAGCUCUGAGGGUCCCUUCCUGAGGAGGGAGAGGGGACCUGGGCUUGGGGCAGGGGCUCUGGAAUGCAGCCCCCUUCACUGCUGCUGCUGCUGCUGCUGCCGCUGUGUUUCCCACUUGCCACGAAGGGAGGGCUGCUGUGCACAAGCUUCCCGGGACCCUGUGCCCACGGUGGCACCUGCCUGAGCCUGUCUCAGGGGCGCGGGACUUGCCAGUGCACCCCUGGCUUCCUGGGGGAGACGUGCCAGUUUCCUGACCCCUGCAGGGACGCCCAGCUCUGCCAGAACGGGGGCAGCUGCCACGCCCUUCUCCCCACAGCCCCAAGCUCCCCCGGCGCCCCUUCUCCACUGGCCCCCAGCUUCUUGUGCACCUGCACCUCUGGCUUCACCGGCAAGAGGUGCCAGACCCAGCUGGAAGACCUCUGUCCUCCCUUCUUCUGUGCCAAAAAGGGCCGCUGCCACCUGGAGGCCCCAGACCGCCCACAGUGCUCCUGCAUGCCCGGGUGGACAGGAGACCACUGCCAGCUCCGGGACUUCUGCUCAGCCAACCCUUGCGCCAACGGGGGCGUGUGUCUGACCACCUACCCCCAGAUCCAGUGCCGCUGCCCACUGGGCUUCGAGGGUCACACCUGCGAACGGGACGUCAACGAGUGCUUCCUGGACCCGGGCCCCUGCCCCCCAGGCACCUCCUGCCAUAACAGCCUGGGCUCCUUCCACUGUCUCUGCCCUGAGGGCCCCGAGGGCUCACACUGCGAGCUCCGGAAAGGACCCUGCCCCACGGCGGGUUGUCAGAAUGGGGGCACCUGCCAGCCGGUGCCAGGGGCAGGCGUCAGCUUCCACCUUUGCCUCUGCCUCCCAGGUUUCACGGGCCCAGACUGCGAAGUGAAUGCAGAUGACUGUGUCAAGCACCAGUGCCAGCAUGGGGGUGCCUGCCAGGAUGCGCUGGGCGCCUACGCCUGCCUCUGCCCAGAGCCCUGGACAGGCUGGGACUGCUCCGAAGAUGUGAAUGAAUGCGAGGUCCAGGGGCCGCCCCGCUGCAGAAAUGGGGGCACCUGCCAGAACUCGGCCGGCGGCUUCCACUGCGUGUGCCUGAGUGGCUGGGGUGGCUCAAGCUGCGAGGAGAACCUGGACGACUGUGUCCAUGCCACCUGCACUCCGGGCUCUACCUGCAUGGACCAUGUGGGCUCCUUUGCCUGCCUCUGCCCUCCUGGGCGCACAGGCCUCCUGUGCCACCUGGAGGACAUGUGCCUGAGCCAGCCGUGCCACGGGGAAGCCCAGUGCAGCACCAACCCCCUGACGGGCUCCACCCUGUGCCUGUGCCAGCCCGGCUACUCGGGGCCCACCUGCCACCAGGACCUGGACGAGUGCCAGAUGGCCCAGCAGGGCCCCAGCCCCUGUGAGCACGGUGGCUCCUGCCUCAACACCCCCGGCUCCUUCAACUGCCUCUGUCCCCCCGGCUACACGGGCUCCCGCUGCGAAGCCGACCACGAUGAGUGCCUGUCCCAGCCCUGCCGCCCGGGCAGCACCUGCCUGGACCUGCUGGCCACCUUCCACUGCCUCUGCCCACCAGGGUUCGAAGGGCAGCUCUGCGAGGUGCAGACCAACGAGUGUGCCUCAGCGCCUUGCCUGAACCGAGCUGACUGCCUCGACCUGCUCAACGGCUUCCUGUGCGUCUGCCUGCAGGGAUACAUGGGCGCCCUGUGUGAGGAGGACGUGGACGAGUGUGCCAGCUCCCCCUGCACCAACGGUGGGCAGUGCCAGGACCAGCCCGGAGCCUUCCUCUGCGAGUGCCUCCCAGGCUUUGAAGGGCCGCACUGUGAGGCAGAAGUGGAUGAGUGUCUGAGUGCGCCGUGCGCCCCUGGAGCCAGCUGCCUGGACCGCCCAGGAGCCUUCUCUUGCCUCUGCCCCUCUGGCUUCACAGGCCAGCUCUGCGAGGUGCCCCUCUGCGCCCCCACCCUGUGCCAGCCUGGGCAGAAAUGCCAAGGACAGGACAAGGGGGUCCACUGCCUCUGCCCAGACGGAAGCCCUGGCUGCGGCCCCGCUGAGGACAACUGCACCUGCCGCCAUGGACACUGCCACGGGUCCUCGUGUGUGUGUGACGUGGGGUGGACAGGCCCGGAGUGCCAGGAGGAGCUGGGGGGCUGCAUCUCCACACCCUGUGUCCACGGGGCCACCUGCUACCCUCAGCCCUCUGGCUACAACUGCACCUGCCCGGCAGGCUACACAGGGCCCACCUGCAGUGAAGAGGUGACAGCCUGCCUCUCGGGGCCCUGUCUGCAUGGCGGCUCCUGCAGCCCCAGCCCUGGGGGCUACUCCUGCACCUGCCCCCCGACCCACACAGGGCCCCAGUGCCAAACCGCUACCGACCCCUGUGCGUCUGCCCCGUGCCUCAGCGGGGGCACCUGUGUUAGCAGGCCCGGCGCCUUCUCCUGCCUCUGCGCCUCUGGCUUCCGGGGCCCACGCUGUGAGGGGAAGGUCCACCCGAGCUGCGCAGACAGUCCCUGCAGGAACAGGGCCACCUGCCAAGACGGCCCUCAAGGUCCCCACUGCCUCUGCCCCAAGGGCUACACCGGAGGCCAGUGCCAGACGCUGGUGGAUUUCUGUGCCCAGACGCCCUGCCCACACAACUCCCAGUGCCUCCAGAGCGGGCCCUCCUUCCAGUGCCUGUGCUUCCAGGGCUGGACCGGGCCUCUCUGUAGCAUCCCCCUGUCCUCCUGCCAGAAGGCUGCACUGAGCCAAGGCAUAGAGGUCUCUGCCUUGUGCCGGAACGGAGGCCUCUGCGUGGACGGCAGCUCCUCCCAUUUCUGCCGCUGCGCGCCUGGGUUCCGUGGCAGCGUGUGCCAGGACAGCAUGGACCCCUGUGAGUCCAGGCCUUGCCAGAACGGGGCCACCUGCACGGCCCAGCCCAAUGGGUAUCGCUGCCAGUGCGCCCCGCGCUACAGCGGACAGAACUGCUCGGAGGAGCUCAACGCUUGUCAGUCGCAGCCCUGUCACAACCUGGGAACCUGCACCCCGAGGCCCGGAGGCUUCCACUGCGCCUGCCCUCCGGGGUUUGUGGGGCUGCGCUGCGAGGGGGACGUGGACGAGUGUCUGGAGCGGCCCUGCCACCCCACGGGCACGGCGGCCUGCCGCUCGCUGGCCAACGCCUUCCGCUGCGAGUGUCUGCCCGGACGCACAGGCCAGAGAUGUGAGGUGCAGAUCGACCCCUGCCGCAGCCAGCCUUGCUCGCACGGGGGCUCCUGCGAGGCCACCGCGGGGCCGCCCCCGGGUUUCACCUGCCUCUGCCCCGAGGGUUUUGAAGGCGCCACCUGCAGCCACAAAGCUCCUUCCUGCGGCCUCCACCACUGCCACCACGGAGGCCUAUGUCUGCCCUCCCCUAAGCCCGCCUUCCCACCCCGCUGUGCCUGCCUCAAUGGUUUCGGGGGCCCUGACUGCCUGACCCCACCAGCUUCUCAAGGCUGUGGUCCCCCGUCCCCCUGCCUGCACAAUGGAACCUGCUCAGAGACCCCUGGGCUGGGGGGCCCAGGCUUCCGGUGCUCCUGCCCCCCUGACUCUCCGGGGCCCCGGUGCCAGAAGCCUGGAGCCAAGGGCUGUGAGGGCAGAGGCGGAGACGGGGCCUGCGAUGAGGGCUGCAGCGGCCCGGGAGGAAACUGGGACGGAGGAGACUGCUCCCUGGGGGUCCCAGACCCCUGGAAGGGCUGCCCCUCCCACUCCCAGUGCUGGCUUCUUUUCCGAGACGGACAGUGCCACCCACAGUGCGACUCUGAAGAGUGUCUGUUUGACGGAUAUGACUGUGAGCCCCCUCCAACCUGCACUUCUGCCUAUGACCAGUACUGCCGAGACCACUUCCACAACGGGCACUGCGAGAGGGGCUGCGACACCGCAGAAUGCGGCUGGGAUGGGGGCGACUGCAGGCCUCAAGAGGGGGACCCCGAGUGGGGCCCCUCCCUGGCCCUCCUGGUGGUGCUGAGCCCCCCGGCCCUGGACCAGCAGCUGCUUCACCUGGCCCGGGUGCUGUCCCUGACGCUGAGGGUGGGACUGUGGGUGAAGAAGGAUGCGGAAGGCAGGGACAUGGUGUUCCCCUACCCCGGGGCCCGGGCCCAGGAGGAGCUGAGCGGGCCUCGAGAGCCCUCUCCGGGGAGAGGAGCCCCUCAGCCCCAGCCCCCGGGGAAGGAGCAGGACUCCCUCAGCACCGGGCUCGUGGUGGUGAUGGGUGUGGAUCUGUCCCGCUGCGGCCCCAAGCAGCCCGCAGCCCGCUGCCCCUGGGACCCUGGGCUCCUGCUCCGCUUCCUGGCUGCCAUGGCCGGCGUGGGGGCCCUGGAGCCGCUGCUGCCCGGGCCGCUGCUGGCUGCCCGUCCAAACUCAGGCACAGCGCGCCCCGCUGACCAGCUCCCCUGGCCUGUGCUGUGCUCGCCCGUGGCCGGGGUGCUUCUCCUGGCCCUCGGGGCUCUUCUGGUCCUGCAGCUACUGCGGCGUCGCCGCCGAGAGCACGGCGCCCUCUGGCUGCCUCCCGGUUUCAUCCGAAGGCCUCGGAAGCAGCAGGCUCCCCACCGCCGCAGGCCGCCCCUGGGCGAGGACAGCAUCGGCCUCAAGUCGCUGAAGCCCGAGCCGGAAGCCGAGGAGGAGGAGGGAGUGGUGAUGUGCGCAGGCCCGAAGGAGGGGGAGCAGGCUGAAGAAACGGCCCCACCUCCCAAGCGCCACCUCUGGCCGCUGAGCUUCGGCUGUGGGGAGCUCCCUCAGGUAGCCAUGCUGACCCCUCCUCAGGAAUCUGAGGCCGAGGCCUCCGACGUGGACACCUUUGGACCUGAUGGAGGGACACCCCUGAUGUCAGCAGUCUGCUGUGGGGCAGUGGCGUCUAGGACCUUCCAGGGAACCUGGCUAGGAAGCCCUGAGCCCUGGGAACCUCUGCCAGAUGGAGGCGCCUGUCCCCAGGCUCACCCCUCGGGCACCGGGGAGACACCCCUGCACCUGGCUGCCAGGUUCGCCCGGCCAACUGCUGCCCGCCGUCUCCUGGAGACCGGAGCCAACCCCAACCAGCCCGACCGGGCAGGGCGCACCCCACUCCACACUGCUGUGGCUGCAGACGCUCGGGAGGUCUGCCAGCUGCUGCUCAGCAGUCGGCAGACCGCAGUGGAUGCUCGCACUGAAGAUGGGACCACACCUUUGAUGCUGGCCGCGCGGCUGGAGGUGGAAGACCUGGUGGAAGAACUGAUUGCAGCCCGAGCAGACGUGGGAGCCAGAGAUAAAUGGGGGAAGACCGCGCUGCACUGGGCCGCCGCCGUGAACAACGCCCGGGCCGCCCGUUCGCUUCUACAAGCCGGAGCCGAUAAGGACGCCCAGGACGGCCGGGAGCAGACGCCGCUGUUCCUGGCGGCCCGGGAAGGCGCGGUGCAGGUGGCCCAGCUGCUGCUCCGGCUAGGGGCGGCCCGCGAGCUACGGGACCACGCUGGACUGGCGCCAGGGGACAUCGCCCGCCAGCGUAACCACUGGGAUCUGCUGACGCUGCUGGAAGGGGCGGGGCCGGCGGAGGCGCGUCACAAAGCGGCGCCUGGCCGCGAAGCCGGGGCCUUCCCGCGCGCGCGCACCACCUCAGCGAGCGCGCCUCCGCGUAGGGGCGGGGCCUGUGCGCGCGCUCGGACUUUGUCCGGGGACUUGGCCGCGCGCAGGGGCGGGGCCUAUCCUUGCGGCCGGAGCCCGUCGGGAGGAGGCGAGCCGGCCCGCGCCCGGAGGUUGUUUGCCGGCGUGCGCGGGCCGCGGCCCAGCCCUGCGGCGGUGCGGGGAAGACCCCGGGCCGCGGCGGAUGACUGGCCCAGAGAUUGGGUGACCCUGGGAGCCUGCGGCCCUGCCGCCGCCACUCCGGGCCCGCCCCCUUGUCUCACUCCUUCCCCGGAGCGGGCCCCUCAAGUUGCCUGGGGUCUCCCUGUCCACCGAGUAAACUCCGGAAGAGGGUCACAAAUAGGCUCCAUGGAAGGGAGGAAUUCUAAAAAUCAUUGCCCAUUAAACGACAGAUAAUCUGGAAGGCCCUGGAGAAUAAAGUCCAGCUCCAAAAGUGA